CUGUGCGGUUCCGGUUUCGGUUCCUUUUUUUGGGAACCUGUACUGUACGGUUCCGGUUCCGGUUCCCCCAGAAAAUGGAGGGUACCCAGAACCGCUCACCCCUAAGUAUAACUGCUGCUGGUAAGCGUGAGAAACUAUUGCGUGUGAUCAAGAAUCCUGUUACUCGGUAUUUACCUGUAAACUCUCAAAAGAUAGGUUUCUCAUAUAGUUCAGAAAAAUGGGUUAAGAUGAGGAAUCAUGUGGCCACUAUCAGCGAUGAUAUGGACCUUGUUUUUGUGGUUGGCGCAAUGGCCAAUGGGAAGAUUGAGAUCAAUUACACAGAUGACUCAAUAGCUAUUUCUGGCUGUCCAAUAAGUGUUGCCCACUCCAUCAUAAGAAUUUGUGAGGCUCUGGAAGAUAAGUGUGAUAUAUUGAAUAGAAGAAAAAAAUAUCUAUUGACUUGUUGAAUAUUGGAAGCAUCCAAGUUUGCUUAGUGCCGAUCAUCUUUUAGGGAAGUCAAAAGGAAAUGAAUUAUCGUGGAAGGGAUGAACCAGCAAAUACAAUACAAAUAUAAGGGUAGGGAAAUAGGUUUGAUUAAGUGCAAGGGUGUGACGCCUAUAUAUCGUGGCGCAUAUCAUAUGAAACUACUAAAUGGAUUGCAACAAGAGAGGCAGAAGAAGUGGAACUGAAGGAGAAUUUGAUUUAUAAGGAGUGUCCAGUCCAAAUAUUGGAUAGGAAGAUUAAAGAGUUUCAAAAUAAAGUAUUCCACUCAUCAAUGUUCUUUAGAGAAAUCACAAGGUCGAAGAAGCUACUUGGGAAGUGGAGCAAGACAUGAGAGACUGCUACCCGAGUUAUUUGUUUAAUUUCGAGGACGAAAUUCCUAUAAGGAGAGGAGAAAUGUAAACUCCAUCGAUACGUCCAAGGGAUAAAAAGUCAAUUGCAGAUAAGGAGGAGGAAAUUUGUAAAAGAGUGUGAUUUUUUCACACAAGAUUGACAUCUUUGUGGGUAAUAGUUAAAGCGGCAAUGGUGAGCAGCAGUCAAGGAAGCUUGGGGGCAUGCAUGAUAACUUUUUGUUGUAAAAAAUUAUAAUGUUAUAUAAUGGAUGUUUAUUUUGGAUUGAUGUAUAUAG